GGGGCGGUGGAGAAGGCGGCGGUGGCGGCCGGCAUGGGCGAUGGGGGCGCGGAGCGCGACCGCGGCCCGGCACGCCGGGAGUCGCGCGGCGGGCGCGGCGGGGACCGCGGCGGAGCGGAGGACUCGGGCGCCGAUGCCGGCCGCCGCAGCCCAAGGGAGAUUGCGGGGACCUCCGCCUCUAGCCCCGCGGGCUCCAGAGAGAGCGGCGCCGACAGCGACGGCCAGCCCGGGCUCGGAGAGGCAGACCACUGCCGCCGCAUCCUGGUGCGAGAUGCCAAAGGGACCAUCCGGGAGAUUGUCCUGCCUAAGGGUUUGGACCUGGACCGGCCCAAGCGGACCCGCACAUCCUUCACGGCUGAGCAGCUGUACCGCCUGGAAAUGGAGUUCCAGCGCUGCCAGUAUGUGGUGGGCCGAGAGCGCACCGAGCUGGCCCGCCAGCUGAACCUCUCCGAGACCCAGGUGAAGGUCUGGUUCCAGAACCGCCGCACCAAGCAGAAGAAAGACCAGAGCAGAGACCUGGAGAAGCGGGCGUCCUCCUCGGCCUCCGAGGCCUUUGCCACAUCCAACAUCCUGCGGCUGCUGGAGCAGGGCCGGCUGCUGUCUGUGCCUAGGGCCCCCGGCCUCCUGGCGCUGACCCCUGGCCCACUGGGCCUGCCUGCCGGCCACAGGGGCACCUCACUGGGUGACCCCAGGAACUCCUCCCCGUGCCUCAACCCACUGACCUCAGCGUCGGCGUCCCCGCCCCUGCCACCCCCUCCACCGGCCCUCUGCUUUUCCACUGCCCCACUCCUGGACCUGUCUGCCUGCUAUGAACUGGGCUCCUCGGCCUUCGCACCCUACAGCAGGCUAGAACGGAGAGUGGGCAGCCCCAGCGGCAGCGGCGGUGACAAGAAAGCCAACAUUUAAGCCUCCACCUCCCUGCCACACCGAGUCCCCAAGCACGGCACCACCCCUGCCUCCCCUGCCCCAUGGACUGCCCUGAGCAGGCUCCCAGAGAGGCGGGCAGCCUCACAUCUGGCCCCACCUGCCUUUCAACUCAGAGACUGUUGCCCAGAAGGCCUUGGUCCCGCAGCUUGUGUGUGCGAGUGCAGUGUGCGUGUGUGUGCCUCUCACUGAAAUAAAAGGAAAACAAUGACAAGAAGGGAAA